AUGUUGUUGGUAAGCAACAAUGAACGGUGCAAAUCUAAGCUUUACAAAGAAAUACACGUGAUUUUAGAACGUUUUACCACUUGAAAAGGAGGUCAAAUCAACAAACUAUGCCGACAAAAUAUCCAUUCUGACACUCGCCAGGACAGAAAAAAUGAAUCCGAAACCAAGCAAUCAAAACCUACAGCUCGAAGCCCAGCAAGAAACAUUAUUAAAUACACCAAUAACCGAACCAGUCCCAUUAUGGCACUCGAAACGAUUUUUAGUAGCUUUGUUUAUGGCUUUGUGCCAUUUGAAUACAGUCUUCAGUCGAUUCAAUAUAAGUAUAGCUAUUGUAGAGAUGACCUAUCCCAAGAUAAUCGAAACAGAAAAUUCAACUGUAACUCAACCCCCUGAAUUCAGCUGGGACUCUGCAACGGUUGGUUCAACUCUGAGCAUCUUCUAUUACGGAGGAUUUGUAGCAUUUUUGGUCAGCUUCAUGGUGAGCAGAAUUGGAGGAGCGACUAGUUGUUCAUUAACCAUGAUGGUGUCUGGGAUUAUAACCAUAUUGCAUCCAAUUAGCUUACAGCAUAGUUUUUUCUUAUUUUUGGUGUGUCGUUUUAUUGUUGGAAUCUCAGAGAGUUUAUUGCUGAUAAGCGUUUUAGAAAUACAUUCACAAUGGACACCGCAAAACGAAAAAUCCAAACUAAUAUCAAUUUCAACCAGUGGCAUCAACAUAGGAGUAGCGAUUGUACACGGAGUCUGUGCUCUUUUAGCUCAUACAUGGGGUUGGAGGAUGAUAUUUUACGUCACAGGAAGUAUAUCGUUGAUUACGUCAUUACUUUGUUCAAUUUUCAUCAAAAAUCGACCUUCGGAUGAUAAACGGAUAUCAAAACAAGAACUAAGCUACAUGCAAGAAAGAAUUGCACUCAGUUCAAAGAAAGAAGUGAUGCAUCCUUACAGGGAUAUUAUAACGUCAUCAGCUGUUUGGGCCCUUCUGUCAGGCAAGUUCGCUGUAACAUUUGGGGUGUCUUUCAUCACCACUUUUCUUCCAAUGUACAUCAAAGAUACAACUCAAAGUGAUAUCAAUAAAGUGGGAUUAAUUUCAUCAACACCAAAUGUCUUGAAUAUUUUCAUGCUGCCAAUUUGUGGAAUAUUAUUGGAUUAUGGGAAGAGAAUAAAUAUUUCAGUGACUCUCAUGCACAAGAUAUUAAUUGGAGGCUCGUUUAUCCUUACCAGCAUUUUAUUCGCGAGUUCAGCGACGAUUUCCAAUUUCAUCGUAUCAAUUAUUUGUUUUUUGCUGAUCCAGACGUUGCUGUUCGUAAUAAAUUUGGUAAAUCAGAUUAUCAUCAUUAGUAUAGCACCAAAUAGCAGUAGUAUUGUAGCAGGACUUUGUACCGCUGUACUCGCAGUUAGCUGCAUUUCAACACGCAGUUUGACAACUUCUAUGACCACAAAUCACACUUUGGAGGAAUGGAAUCGCUGUUUAUUGGUGAUGGGUGGUGUUUCGUUGUUUGGUGGUGUGCUUUUUAUAGUAUGGGGAUCAAGUGAAGCCCAACCGUGGUCGUUCGUAUCACGUGCUGAGCAAGAUGAUCAGGGAUGUCAGAUCGAUGAAAAAAAUGGAAAAAUGAUACCUCAUUGUCUAGAUCAUAAGGUUAAUGACUGUAUUUCUCCAUAAAUGACGAAUAAAUAUUCAAACAAUAACAAUAA